AUGCUCCACUCUCCGCUCAAGACGGCCCUGGCCUAUGAGUGCUUCCAGGACCAGGCCAGCUCCACGCUGGCUCUGCCCUCCGACCACAAGCUGAAAACGAAGGGCACGGGGAAGCAGAGGGUCCAGGAGCAGGUGAUGAUGACGGUGAAGAGGCAGAAGCAGAAGUCGUCCGUGUCGUCCAGCGUGGGCCACUCCAACAGAGGUUCCAUGUAUGAUGGGCUGGCUGACGGCUACGGCUACGGCACCUCCCGGGGCAGCUACUACACCAAGAGCCAGGCAGCAAACAGCAGCUGGGGCUACCCGCUGUACAACGGGACCCUGAAGCGGGACGCGGAGAGCCGGCGCUACAGCUCCUACAGCCAGAUGGAGGGCUGGGGCAGCAAGCACUACAGCAAAGCCGUCUGCAGCCCCGCCAGGGCCGGCAGCGACUACUGCUUCGUGCAGAACAUCAAGAGCAGCCGCAGCGAGCCCGACCUCUACUGCGAGCCGCCCCGGGGCACCCUGCGCCGGAGCCAGGGGGGAGGCCGGGCGGAGCACAAGGCCACUCUGAACCGGCAGAGCAUCUACAGCAGCUGCAGCACCCAGCAAGGCACCACCAGGACCAGUAAAAAAGUGCCGGCCCGGGCCCUCUCCUGCCCCUCCAGCAACAAGCCCGAUGUGGUCUAUGCCCAGCCCAUGAUGAGCUGCAAGCAGGAGGUUUAUGGACAGACCCAGUCCAGCUCCAAAAUCUGUGGUGAUGAGCUGGACGGUGGCACCAUGACCAUCCAGAAAGCCAUACAGCUCCUCUGCUCCUCUGAUGACAAGUACCAGGCCAUGGGUGCCUACUACCUCCAGCACACCUGCUUCCAGGAUGAGUCUGCCAAGCAAGAGGUCUACCGGCUGGGGGGCAUCGCCAAGCUGGUGGAGCUGCUCCGCAGCGCCAGCCAGAACGUGCAGAGGGCGGCAGCCGGGGCGCUGCGGAACUUGGUCUUCAAGAACCCAACCAACAAGAUCGAAACCCGGCGGCAGAACGGCAUCAGGGAGUGCGUGGGGCUGCUGCGCAGGACGGGCAACACCGAGAUCCAGAAGCAGCUCACAGGACUGCUCUGGAACCUCUCCUCCACUGAUGAACUAAAAGAGGAGUUGAUACAGGAGGCCCUCCCCGUUCUGACAGACUGUGUUAUCAUCCCUUUCUCUGGCUGGUCUGAUGGCAGCUGCAACAGGACAAGGGAAAUCAUUGACCCAGAAGUGUUCUUCAAUGCCACAGGAUGCUUGAGCAGAGCCCACGGGGCCUGGGAGCUGAGCUCAGCUAAUCCUCUCCUGUCUCUCUCUCUCCUGCCAUGCCCUGUGGUGCCCUCCCUCAGGAACCUGAGCUCUGCAGACAUGGGACGCCAGACCAUGAGGAACUACCCUGGCCUGAUCGACUCUGUCAUGACUUACUCCCAGAACUGUGUGGCCUCCAACCGGCCUGAUGACAAGUCUGUGGAGAACUGCAUCUGCAUCCUGCACAACCUCUCCUACCGCCUGGACGCUGAGGUGCCCAACAAAUACACCCAGCUCAACCACAUGGCUCGCAGUGUCUACAUGGACAAAACCCUCACAGGCUGCUUCAACAGCAGGAGCGGCAAGAUGGAGAAUGAUGAGUAUGGGGUCCCCCUCCCUGAGGAGGAUUUCAAACCCAAAGGACCCAGCUGGCUGUACCACUCCGAUGCCAUCCGUACCUACCUGUCCCUGAUGGACCAGAGCAAGAAGGAUGCCACCUUGGAAGCCUGUGCUGGAGCCCUGCAGAACCUCACUGCGAGCAGAGGGCUGAUGUCCAACGCCAUGAGCCAGCUGAUCGGGCUGAAGGAGAAGGGCUUGCCCCGCAUCGCGCGGCUCCUGCAGUCCGGCUGCUCCGACGUCGUCCGCUCCGGGGCCUCGCUGCUGAGCAACAUGUCCAGGCACCCUGUGCUCCACAAAACCAUGGCUCACCAGGUGCUGCCAGAUGUGUCACGUCUCCUGUCAUUCCAGUCUGCAAACACCAGCAGCUAUGGGGAGAUCAUGACAUCAGCUUGUUACACCCUGAGGAACCUCAUCAUGUCCAACCCACACCUGGGAAAGUCUUACUUGACCAGCAACAUGCUCAAUAAUGUAGUGAGCCUGUGCCGGAAUGGCUCCUGUCCCAAGGCAGCUGAAGCUGCUCGCCUCCUCCUGACAGACCUUUGGUCCAACAGGGAGCUCCAGAGUGUGCUCAAGCAGCAAGGAUUUGAUAAGAACAUGAUGGGAUCUCUAGCUGGAACGACCUUCAGGACCCUCUCCUCCAGGUUUUAG